AUGGCAUUAAAUCCUGGAUCUCGCCAAAGUGAAGAGGGGAAUAUUGCCAACAACUAUUUCAAACCAAUUCGGCGAAGUAACCUGCUGAAUAAAUACCGUGGCGAUAACACGAGAAACAUAGGUGUCAAAUCGUAUUUCCCGAACAAAGCGUCCACAUUCGACAAAUUGCUUAGCGGUUUUGUCUAUUUCGAUGAUAUUUACGGUCGUUCACAGAAAAGAUGA